CUAUUUCAAUUCCUGACCAGUAGUUCAUAGAAAAAUGCAUAAUUACUAGUACGAGUUUUCCAAGCAGGAGUAGAUCUUUGCGCUAUACAGACGCAGGAACUCGUCACGUGAAUCCGAUUUUCAUUUUCAUCGUCCCAAAACUCCUAAUAGUAAUAGUGCACUAACAAUUGGAAUAGAAAAAGCUUUUGUCCUUCACAAUUUGCAGAGCCUCGAGGCGUGAAAGUUUUCAAUCUCGUAUGCAAAAGGCAGGAGGAGGAAGGCAAUGGCUUCUUCCCUCUCUCCCCCGGAGGUUCCAAUGGAACUCCACAGACUCAACAGAGACAAGCUCUUAAACUCACUGCGGGACCACCUCUCCAUCUCCUCUCGCCCUAACCACGGCUUCGUCUUUCUCCAGGGAGGCGAGGAGCGAACCAGAUACUGCACCGAUCACACCGAACUCUUCAGACAGGAGAGCUAUUUUGCUUACUUGUUUGGAGUUCGAGAACCUGGGUUCUAUGGAGCUCUUGAUGUAGCAAGUGGAAAUUCCAUUCUAUUUGUUCCACGAUUACCUGCUGAUUAUGCUGUUUGGUUGGGAGAGAUAAAGCCUUUGUCCUACUUCAAGGAAAGAUACAUGGUAAGCAUGGUGUACUAUACUGAUGAGAUUACAAAGGUGUUGCAUGAACAAUACCAAGGACAAGGAAGAAAGCCCUUGCUAUAUCUCUUGCACGGGCUCAACACUGAUAGCAACAACUAUUCAAAACCAGCAGAAUUUGAGGGGAUUGAGAAAUUUGAGAUGGAUAUGAACACCUUGCAUCCGAUUUUGACUGAAUGCCGCGUCCUAAAGUCAGACCUGGAGCUUGCGCUUAUCCAAUUUGCCAACGAUAUUAGCUCAGAAGCCCAUGUGGAGGUCAUGAGAAAUGCCAAAGUGGGCAUGAAAGAGUAUCAGUUAGAAAGUAUGUUUCUUCAUCACACGUACAUGUUUGGUGGCUGUAGACAUUGUUCAUAUACAUGCAUAUGUGCUACAGGUGACAACAGUGCUGUUCUCCACUAUGGACAUGCUGCAGCCCCAAAUGACAGGACACUCCAAGAUGGAGAUAUGGCACUGCUUGAUAUGGGAGCUGAAUUUCAUUUUUAUGGUUCUGAUAUAACUAAUUCCUUCCCAGUGAAUGGAAAAUUUACUCGUGAUCAGUCCCUUAUAUACAAUGCUGUUCUUGAUGCUCAUAAUGCUGUUAUAUCUUCAAUGAAGCCUGGAGUAUGCUGGGUUGAUAUGCACAAAUUAGCAGAAAAGAUUAUCCUAGAGGCGUUGAAGAAAGGGGGCCUUCUUAUUGGUGACAUUAAUGCCAUGAUUUCUGAGCGAUUGGGUGCUAUGUUCAUGCCUCAUGGCCUUGGUCACCUCCUUGGAAUUGAUACCCAUGACCCUGGAGGUUAUUUGAAGGGAGCUGAGAGACCCAAAGAACUUGGAUUGAGGUCUUUGCGUACCAGUAGGGAACUCUUGGAAGGAAUGGUGAUAACUGUGGAGCCCGGGUGCUAUUUCAUUGAUGCUGUCUUGGUUCCAGCAAUGGAGAAUUCAAAGACGUCAAGGUUUUUCGAUCAUGAGCAGAUUAGCAGAUUUAGAGGCUUUGGUGGGGUUCGAAUUGAAAGUGAUGUGUAUGUUACUUCCCGUGGGUGCGUGAACAUGACCAAGUGUCCUCGGGAGAUUAAAGAUAUUGAGGCUGUUAUGGCAGGGGCAGCUUGGCCUAUCAAAAGGACACCUAUUCCUUUUGAAAAUGGAGAGAGUCGAUGAUUUGUAAUGCUGUUACUGCUGCUUAUCAUCUUCCAUGCAUCAGUAUUCUUUUGAGUCUCAAAUCACUGAAAGGAACCUUUACACCUUUCCUUGUGUUGUAAAAUAAGCAGCAAGCAGCUGGUAGUUGCACAUUUCAAAUUUUGACCAAUAAUCAAUCUCCAUAUGAGUGCCGGCAUAGCCUUGCAAAUAACUAUUCAAUGUUUGUUUUCCCUGG